AUGACGCAGGUCCUGCCCAUCGCUUCGGCCUCGCACGUCCAGCCAGCACAACCCUCCGAUCGGCCAGACCAUAAGACUAUGAACCACUUUUCUGACUCCAAAAAGCAUACCGGAGCUGAAGAUGAAGCCAUAACGCCACUUCAACAAGAAAUUGACCUCAUCGAGGCGGAUCGUCUUUACGAGGGGCUCGACAGUCGAGAUCAUGAAAGUCAAACUGCGUCCCACACUUGCAUCGUCGCCUACCACGAUCGAGGUGUUUUCAAGGAUGUCCAGAUCAAGGAUAUUCGAGCGGCUGUGGAAGAUCCGGAGAAUGACAACCAAGGAACUAUGGAGGGUUUGAAGAAAGCAGUGACCUUGCCGAAUGCCCUCGCUGUGAAGCAGGUGAACUGGAGAAUCGGAAUUCGCCGGGUUGCAAAAGGCAGUUUGGCAGUUUGGUCCAAUCCGUCAGGAGAUAAUGUUCUUCCCUCAGAGCUGCGUGCUAAAUGA